CACAGUCUCGACCUCCAUCUCACUCUUCGAACAAGCCAACAUUUCGUUCCAUCAGCCACAAGCCUCAGGAUUGGCCGCAUUGAGGCCAGAGCUGGUGAAAAUCACUUUUCUAAACUUCUAGGAUUAAACUCAGGUUGUCUCAUGGGGGAUGAUGGACUCUUCACUGCCUCGAGAUGCGGCUUUGAAUUUGAAGCCGUUUGUGACUAUUUGUCGUGAGGGAUGGCUGUGCGUGGACUUCCAUGGGCCAGAGGAGCUCUCAGACUUGAUCCAGGAUAGCCCUUCCUUGGGGUUUAACAUUUAGAAUGGUUUUGCAACUAAACAUUAGGUUUUUUUAGAAUGUAGUACAAUUUAUGACAAAGUAGAAGGAUAUUUGAAUUUCUAAGAUUCACUUUAAAAAUCCAGUUGCUCUUUAUGUAAAUCACUAUUUUUGGGUGUUUCCUCCCCCCCCCCCUUGUAUUGUAAAUCAUCCAGAGUCAGGUGGUGCCUAAAUAUUUCAGCACUACUACUUUCGGAAUAAGAAUUUUAGACCCUUUUGUGCCAUCUAAGAUUUUUCCAGUCCUAUUCUAAAAGUUAGUUGGCUUGCUCCUAGUGAGUGGUACAGGGUUCACCUAAUGUUUUGAUGCUGGUAUAUAAGUACGGGUAAAUGAUCACAUUAUUGUACAUAAAUUAUUGCUAAUGUAAAGAUUACAUAUAAGGAAUAAUGCCACUUACCUCCUCUUCCUUGUUUGUUUUUAAAAACAAAGCUCCAAUGAACAAACUGAAUUUAUUUCCAAAUACAUAUCAUACACUUGCAUAGAAAAUGGCUUUAAGACUCGUUGCCUGAAGGGCUAUAAUUUAUUUAUUUAUUCAGCUUCUAUGGCUGCCCAUCUCAACUGUAAUAAUUGCAGUAAUUAAUGUACCAAAGAGUCAAAUAAUAGUAACAUGGAUGUAGAGAUUUCACAAUGGAAGCUUCAGUCACAGAGAAAAAGCAUUUAAAUUAAAUAUUUUUUAAAAAAAUUAUCUCCCAUAUCUGAGUGUAGAGAAUAUUUUUUCUGUGGGGAGGAAGCACAAGAUGUCAUGAAACAUUUGCCCACACUAUUGCCUUUUUUUCAUUCAAAUUGCACACUUUGACGUCACUAAAGAGAGCUCGGAGCUGGCAAAGCUGGUCUGUUAGAUGCUUGCUAGCAGAUUGUGAUGUUGUCCUUUGGGGGCAUCCUGCAUGAUGUAAUUGAAUGAAAAAAAUCUGUUGAAAUAGAGAUCUUCUCUUUCUCCACUUGUGUUUGGAUACUGUGGGCAUGAAGUCUCCCUGGAUUUCUUGUGGCUGGUUGUGGGUGGACAUUUUCAUCAGGGCUGAGGGAAGAUACAGACGUCUUCUUUGCUGCUUUGGUUUUUCUUGGAAAUAUUUGCAUAGGAGGUGAGCAGAGAUUGCUUCAGGAUUCAGUUUCCCAGAGACUUCCUAACUGGAAGCCAAGAAUGGCCAGCAAAGGACCUGCGGCUUCAGCUUCCCCAGAAAGUUCCAGUGCAGGUGGAACCAGUGGGAACAGCAGCAACGGGGACAGUACGGGUCAGGACAGCACAUUUGAAUGCAACAUCUGUUUGGACACCGCCAAGGAUGCUGUGAUCAGUCUGUGUGGCCACCUCUUCUGUUGGCCUUGUUUACACCAGUGGCUGGAGACCAGGCCAAACAGACAGGUGUGCCCUGUAUGUAAAGCAGGAAUCAGCCGUGAUAAAGUUAUACCACUUUAUGGAAGGGGCAGCACUGGACAACAGGACCCCAGGGAGAAAACGCCACCUCGACCUCAAGGCCAGAGACCUGAGCCAGAAAACAGAGGGGGUUUCCAGGGUUUUGGUUUUGGCGAUGGAGGCUUCCAAAUGUCAUUUGGAAUUGGAGCAUUUCCAUUUGGCAUAUUUGCUACAGCCUUCAAUAUAAACGAUGGGCGACCCCCUCCAGCUGUUCCAGGGACUCCUCAGUAUGUGGAUGAACAGUUUCUUUCUCGCCUCUUCCUGUUCGUGGCCCUGGUCAUCAUGUUCUGGCUCCUGAUAGCUUAACUUGGCUCCAUACCUUGCGGAGCUCUGAAUCAGCCACAGACUGCUGCUUGUCUCCCUGUCUGCCUCUUGGUGUCCAAUUCUUCAGCUAAUGAUGGGCUCCUAAAAGCCACCAGUGUCUUCGUGUGAGGAGGAGUCUCUCUUAUUUUUCCAGAGCUAUGGAGUUAACGUUUUUUAAAGUUUUCUGAAGCUCAGCCAUAACUCACACAAGGAUCUGGCUGGAACUGUGACCCUAGCUUUGAGCUCCGUAUCUCAACGAGGAGUGUUUGAAUCUUGUGCCAAACAUCUGGAAGAGAUGCUACCCCCAAGGGAAUCAGGCAUGAUGGCUAGCAAUGGACCUCGUCACAUACCCCACUACCUUGUGUCUCAAGAGCAGCGAGAGAAAGGAGAUCAGUAGACUUCAGAACCCAGCUGUACAUCUUGCUCAAAAGCCAACUGACUCCAGGUAAUAUCUUCUAUAGAUAAGACAUCUGGCUGAAGAGGAUUGUGUCCCAUUCCUGCUGUUACAUACCCAAGUGAUAAAAGACCAUCUUUCUUUUUCCAGCAAUCACAAAAAUGAAAGGAUAAAAGACUCUUUAACCUAAAAUGGUAGCAUAUCUAAAUUUACUGGAAUCGGGGAGGGGCAGAAUCUCUCAUCUCAGGGUUUUGGAGGGGCUGUUAGCUGUCCUGCAGCACACUUCCUCGCCGAUAAAAGCAGUGUUUUAAAGGGUUUGUAGCAGCUAUCAACUUUUAAUUUAGGUAGACAUAAUUCCAGCUGCUGUUCUUAUUUAUAUACAACUCUCCUUCCUGAAAUGUACAUUUUUUCCAUAUUUGGAAUAGGUUAACUGGGAGGAGUAUAGGACAGUCUCUAACGGGGUAAUUUGCUGAGUAUUUUAUGCCUCCCCCUCACAAUUAUGAUUAUUACGCAAAUGGGAAGCUGUACAUUUUUGACAAGAGCAAGGAAUUCUGCUUAAACGGUUUACAUGUGGCCAAGGGGCCAUUGGUGGGUGAGCUUUUUCACAUUACCAAAGACACGUUUUUUUGGAAGGGUAAUCAUGGGCCCAAUGCAGCAGUGGUUUGAACAGCGCUUCAGCCACAGAGCGUCUCACAUGAUGGUACUGGGUGCAUUUGGAGAACCCUUUACAGAAGGGGCGGAGGAAGAAUCAUGCUUUAAAAUAAUUGCGGUUGAAUCUUCUGGGCCCACAGGAUGCAACAUUCACUUGACCGACUGCCAAUACUUUUGUACGAAGAGUAUCUCUCAAGGACAUAUUUAUGUUGCAAUUCUUUUGGUCUUUUGGAUGUUAACAGAGGCUUGCUGGUCAGACCCCACUGAGGUUGAGGCUUAUUUUUCCUGUAGCUGUGAUCUGGGCGGCGAGGUUGGAAAUCUCAAGAGCAAGAUGCAUGUCGCCACCGUUUCCUUUCACAGAAGAAGUAAGAUACCAAAUGUGAAUUUUCUUGUGGCCCAAAUUCUAUCCUGGCUCUGAUCUUUCAGCACGGAAGGCAGACCUAGCUCCACACAGCAAUGUUCCAUCGCUUGUCCACAAAAUCAGACUUGGUAGCAAGAAGGCUCCAUCCCUUGAAAAUCAGUGCCACCUACUGUCAACAAAAAAACAUUCAGUUGCAUUGUAACAUUGUAAAAUAAAAUAUAUUUUAUUUCUCCCUUUGCUAGAAAUUUUAUCACAUUGGAAAAGCUGGAUUUCUAAAAUCAAUCUUAUACAAACAAUCAAAUGGCUGUGAUAGUGGGAUAGCAUUGAAUUGUCAGACGUUGACGGUUGGAUUGGCCGUGCUGGCCAAGGUCCAUUGUCUUUGGGGUUGGGAUUAUUUCUGGCUUGUCUGCUUUUGGUGGGGGAACACAAUUGCCACAGAAUCUGAAAAAGUUUCUGGCUGAAUUGUGAUUGUGGCAGAUUCUGGGCUUCCUUGGCUUCAGGGAGCCACUGGCCCCUCCGGUCACGUUUGUUUGAUAAGCAGACCCACCCCUGGACUUCCUCUGGUCUUCAUGGCCCUCUCGGCCUCACACUCUUUGUAUUCCCCCCCUUUUUUUCCUCUGCACCAUCUAUUCAAAUUCCUCUUGGCUUGUGGUUAGCAAAGUAUGGUACCACUGUGCAACACUGCUGUUCGCUAAUUUUCACUCUUGUGAAAGUCAGAAUAAACACCUUUUUACAUUA